AUGCCCAAGUCAAAUGCGCACGUUUUGUGUUUGGAUCUGCUGCCGCCAAGCAUGCCGACGUCGCCUGAAGAGGAUUAUGCACAUUAUAGUGAAGCUUCGUCUCUAACAGUGUACAAAAGCGACUUGGGGUGGGUGAACGAAAUGAAUUUCACAAGUGCCAACACCCCAAGUCAAUUGCGGCAGCGAUUUAUCCAAAUUCAGGUUACAGAUCGUCUGUUCAAGGAACCGUCUUGGAUGCAUCCGAAUGUUGGUGGUGAGGCACAAUUUGUAAAGGGGAGAAUGGAUGAGAUUGAUGCACUAAACGAAGAGCUGAAAGCCAAUGAGACCAAGAAUAAAUUGGGAGAGUGGACGUCCACUUCCAUCAGUGGAAAUGCCAUUUUGUCCAGUGUGCUCUUCUCUGCGGGUCAAACGAUUGCCAAAGCCGGCAAACUAGCGCCAGUCACGCAACUUUUUGUGGUCGCGGUGAUCUACUGCCUUCGCUGGGUGUUUGAAGAAGUUAUGAGUGCUGUGCCGUUGAACGGAGGUUUUUAUACUGCUAUGCUGAACUCGGGGCCGAAGAAAAGUGCUGCUGUUUGUGCCGUCUUCAGUAUUCUCUCGUACUUAUCGACGGCUGUGGUCAACGGCGUCUCGGCCAUGAACUACGCCAACGAGUCUUUGGUGGAGAUUCCGGUCAUGUCUUGCACGAUCGGGCUACUAGCCGUUUUCGCGCUGCUCUGCCUUAUUGGCAUCGCUGAGAGUGCUUCCGUUGCUUUGAUCCUAUUCGUAUUCCACACGUUCACGUUGACAUUAUUGAGCAUCUUCAGCAUCGUCUACGUGGUACAGCAUCCUUCCAUCUUUACGGAUAACAUGAACACAUCUCUUCCUGAGCUGACGACGUUCAGCGGCGCGGCAAACGUUAAUAAUAUUGCCUCCGCUCUUUUCUUGGGCUAUGGCACAGCGAUGCUGGGGGUUACAGGAUUCGAGAGCUCAUCGCAGUACGUCGAAGAGCAAGCGGCGGGCAUGUUUUCCAAAACACUGCGCAACAUGUGGGCACUCUCUAGUACAUUCAACGUGGCUUACUCGCUGUUGGCAUUAGCAGUUGUUCCAUUGGAUACGAUUAUCUCGAAUCAGUCUACAUUGCUGUCGUAUAUGGGGCGUCUGAGUGGUGGCCGCUGGCUGGAAAUAUUCGUGGCAAUUGACGCAUUUGGUGUCCUUGCUGGUGCUGUGCUGACGGCGUACAUCGGCAUUAAUGGGUUGUUCCAGCGUUUAGCACUUGACCGUGUUUUGCCCAGCUUCUUGCUUAAGGUAAAUUCGUGCCGUGGCACCAACCACUUCAUCAUCUUGGCGUUUUUUGUCGUGUGUGCGAGUCUCGUGUAUAUAUUGGAAGCUGAAGUAACGGUGCUGUCCGGUGAUUUUGCGCUCGCUUUUCUGAGUGUACUUCUGUCCUUCAUCAUUGCGUGCUUGUUGCUGAAGCUGCACCGCGAAGAAAUUCCGCGAAAGAGAACGACAUCGUGGAUCAACACAGCUUUUUGCAUGUGUACGGUGUCCCUGGGUUUCCUCGCGAAUGCUAUUUCGAAUGUAAAGGCGUUGACAUAUUUUUUCAUUUACUUCGCGAUUUUCUUCGUUGUGGUGUUCCUGAUGCUAAAACGGGUGAGUUUGCUGAAGGCAUUCCUCUUUGUUUCGGGCAAGCUUAAAACUUACUUUCAAGGCGUCUCGGCCCCGUCCCACCAGUCUUUUUCGGGUAGUGUCAUGAUUGCCAAGACAAUUGAGACUAUCAAGAACACCCCGGUGGUAUUCUUCUGCAAAGCAGUGAAUCUGCCGAAAAUUAAUGAGGCCGUGGCGUACGUGAUGCGCAACGAACACACGUAUUGCCUGCGAUUGGUGCACGUGUGUGAGCCAAAUGCUCCUGUUCCAGGCGAGUUUGAGCAUGUGGUAAAUCUGUUUGACCACAUUUACCCGUCGAUCAAGAUCGAUUUUAUUGCUGUAACAGGGGCAUUUGAUCCUGCGAUGGUGCAGUGGCUGUCAAAGUCGAUGAAUGUUCCAACAAACAUGAUGUUCAUGCGUCAACCAGCAAAUGAAAGUAUUCAUCGGGUGUCGGCUUUGGGUGUACGAGUCAUUACGGAUUAA